GUUAAACAGAGAUUUUGGGAGAACAGGUUGGCAGCAGUAACUUGAUUUCAAGACUGUAGAUCAUCUACAUCAUUAAGAGAUCUAAUGAUGAAGACUGCAGGUCUGCUGAUCAGAAUAUCCAGCGUCUUGCUCCUGGUCUUCCUCACUCACCAUCCAACCCUGGCCUUUCUACCUCGUUCCUUUGGAAUAUCGACAUCUAAGACUCAUAAAAUCAUAACCCGCGAGGCAAUUUUAGCGACCACUGCAGCCGUCUGCCGAGCACAAGCUCUCCGUGAAGGAAGAAAUUUUGUGCAGCCAAACCCGCUGACAGUAGACUCACUGGCAGCAGCAUGCUCCUCACCUGACGGGGCCAAAGGCUUCCAAAUGAGCAUCGACACCAUCGUCAAUAAUAACGCCGGGGUGGACUUGGGGCGCACUUUCUUUAAUCCAGUUUAUCACUUUGAUAACGAGCGAUUUGUGGAGGCACGAAGUCUAAUCACCAAUGGAUCGAAGACUGUUAAGGACAGCAUCAAUGAGAAGAGUUAUGAAGCUGCCAGAGUGAAGCUCGGUGAAAUCCUCCACACUCUACAGGAUUUCUACAGUCACAGUAACUGGAUAGAGCUGAAAAACAGCGCACCUUACUCCAACCUGAUCAAACCAGAGACACAAGUUGAGAAUGUUGCUGAUUCUGCAACACCAACAUGCAGGAAUUGUAAUGGAAACGACUGCACAGAUAACAUCUUACCGGAGAUCCUCGAACAGAAAAAGCUGACCUCAGGAUAUUAUUCCCAGUGGAUCAGCAAACCCAAUGGGAAGUGCAGCCAUGGAGGGCUUACAGAUGCCACAAGUUACAUUCAGCCGAAAGGCGGUAUUAACAAGGACAGCUAUAGCGCCAGCCACGGCCACCUGCACGAGGCUGCAGCAAACUUAGCCAUCGCGGCUACCAGAGAGCUACUGGAGGACAUCAGAAAAGCAGUUUCAGAUCCAGGUUUCCUUAGGCUGAUGGGACUCACCCAGUCCUCAGUGCUGUGUUUCGUUAUUGACACGACGGGCAGCAUGUCUGAUGACAUCGCUGAGGUGCAAAGAAUUACUUCUAAAAUCAUCAACAGUAGGAACGGCACCACCAAGCAACCCUCAGAAUACUUUCUGGUGCCAUUCAAUGACCCCGACUAUGGUCCACUGACAUCGACAACUGACCCUGAAGAAUUUAAAAGUAAAAUCGGUGCACUUAUACCUCACGAUGGAGGUGAUACUCCAGAGAUGAGCCUCUCAGGCCUCCAGCUGGCUCUCACUAGAACACCAAAAAGGAGUGAGAUUUUUGUUUUCACGGAUGCUGAUGCAAAGGACACGUGGCUGAAGAGCACAGUGAUGGCUCUGAUUGAGAGAACAAAGUCUGUGGUAAAUUUCAUGCUGACUAAUGCUCUCAGUGCUCGGCGUCGGCGAAGCAUUGGUAAUUCCCAAAAUGACCAACAGCAAUCCUCCAGUGCUCGACUCUCUAACCCUUCAAAUGAGAUCUACCAGGAACUGGCUCAGGCUUCUGGAGGUCAGGCUAUAGAGGUCACCAAAGCAACACUACCCCAGGCCACCAGCAUCAUAGUGGACACCUCCAGCUCUUCUCUGGUCACUGUUCUCCAGGCUGUGAGAAAUCCGGCAAAAGCGGAAAACUUCACAUUUUUUGUGGACUCCUCCUUGCAAAACCUGACCAUUUACAUCACCUGCAACUCACCAAAUUACAUCAUCACUAGUCCUACAGGAGUCUCACAGCGCAGUAGUGAACUCAGUGGAGCUUUGGGGACUAUUAACAAAGUCGGUAACUUCCACGCAGUACAUCCUAAUAUCUCAGACCAGACAGGAGAGUGGCUCAUCAGCAUUGACUCAACACAGCCCUACACUGUCAAAGUUGUUGGUAAAAGUGGGAUAGACUUCCUGUUUGAAUUUAUAGAGAUUGUUGACGGGCCUCAUCCAAGCUACGCUGUGCUGAAAAGCAGGCCAAAAGCUAACAGCAAUGUCACGCUAAUGGUCACGAUGGUUGGUGGUGAGGGUGUCAGGCCUACAGAGAUAGCCCUGGUUGAAACAGCAACUUCGAAAUCCUAUAAUGUGACUGUGGAGAAUUUUGAAAGUGACCAAUUCAUUGCCACCUUCCCAAGUGUCCCCGCUGGAGAGUUUCAGGUCCGUGUGGUUGGAGAGAUCAGCUCCACCAGAGCUUCAACUGGACCUUUUCAGAGACAGACCUCCACUCAGCUCCGAGCAUCAAGUGUGACCGUCACUGUUCAAAUUGACGCUGGAACACUGACACCAGGAAGGUCAUUAACUCUACCCUUCACAGUGUCGACCAACGGAUCUGGAGGAGUUUUUAAUAUCAGAGUCAGUAAUGACAGAAGUUUCCAAAUGACUGAUUUUCCAUCAACCCUGACUCUGGAGACUGGGGGCAGUGUGAAUGGUACAGUAACUCUGACUGCACCUGGAAACACCCCCUCAGGAACUGACGUCACGCUGACAAUCGAAGCUGAAGCACCAGGAGAAACAGAUUUCAACUAUGCAGUGCUGAGGAUUUCUGUAGUCACUCCGGUAACAGACAUUACUCCUCCAGUGUGUGAGAUAGUUAGCGUUAAUGCUAACUGCUCAGGGAACUGCAGCCUCUUGUGGUGGGAUCUCUCCGCUAACAUCACUGACAGAAACGGUUCAGGCAUUCAGCGCGUGGAGGUGAGCCAAGGUCUCGGCACCCUCAACACCAGCACUGUUCUGGACGGAGGCGUGAACGUCACGCUCGUCUUCUACGCCGCGUCCUGCUGUUCUCCACAGGUGGAGCUGGUGGUGGUGGAUUCGGCGGGGAACGUCGGCUCCUGCAGCAGAUCUGUGACUGUUGAAGUUUCAACCACCACCAGUCCUACAUCCACACCAGCCAAUACUACAACUACAACUACAGCUUCUCUAGAUACUGUUACUAAUGGUGCAGAACGUCACCCCUCUCUGCCGGUCUUCCUUUGGUUUACUGUAGGAUUUAUCUUACUUUACCAGUUUAUGCAGCUUUAAGAAAACUUCACUUCCAGAGAAUACCGACCAAUCAGCAUCUAGCCAUAC